CCGAGCGCGAUAGCCGCCGCCGGAGGUGUGGCGGGUUGGGGCUGGCGCCUGAUACGACGCUAUCAGCCCGCCUUAUCCCAGGUCGACGUCUGCAGGAGGCGCCGGCGCCCGGCCCGCGCAGAGGCGUCUUGGCGAGCGAGGGGUGUGUGCGCGCGUGCCCGUCGCCGAGCGAUGGAGAUCAGCUAGCCGACCAGAGGCCGACAGGGAGAACUAGCAAGGGGCCGCCAUGCCGCUGUGGGGCAAGUCUCAGAAGAACCCCGCUGAUGUGGUGCGUGCCAUCCGAGACGGCCUGGCGACGCUCGAGAGAGGCGACAGGAGAACGGAGAAGGCACUGGAGGACGUCAGCAAGAAUCUGGGCUAUGCGAAGACGAUGCUGUUCGGCUCGGCGGACCAGGAGGCGCAGUCAGAGCACCAGCUAGCCAGCCUGGCGCAGGAGAUGUACAACACCAACUUACUGUACAUGCUCAUCAGGAACCUGGCCAAGAUCGACUUCGAGGGCAAGAAGGACGCCACGCAGAUCUUCAACAACAUCCUGCGCCGCCAGAUCGGCAGUCGCUCGCCCACCGUCGAGUACAUCUGCACUAAGACCGAGAUCCUCUUCACGCUGAUGAAGGGGUACGAGCAGCAGGAGGUGGCGCUCCACUGCGGCAGCAUGCUGCGGGAGUGUGCCCGCUAUGAGCCGCUCGCCAAGAUCAUGCUUCACUCAGAGGAGUUCUACAACUUCUUCACCUACGUCGAGGUCUCCACCUUCGACAUAGCGUCCGACGCCUUCUCUACAUUCAAGGAGCUGCUGACGAAGCACAAGAUUAUGUGCGCGGAGUUUCUGGAGACCAACUACGACCGGGUGUUUGAGCAGCACUAUAAGCAGCUGCUGCACUCGGAGAACUACGUCACGCGACGCCAGUCACUGAAGCUGCUGGGCGAGCUGCUGCUCGACCGGCACAACUUCACCGUCAUGACCAGCUACAUCUCCAGCCCGGAGAACCUGAAGCUCAUGAUGAACAUGCUCAAGGAGCGCUCCAGGAACAUCCAGUUUGAGGCGUUCCACGUGUUUAAGGUGUUUGUGGCCAACCCGAACAAACCGAAGCCCAUCCUGGACAUUUUGCUGCGGAACCAGGAGCGGCUGGUAGACUUCCUCACGCGCUUCCACACUGACCGCAGUGAGGACGAACAGUUCAACGACGAGAAGGCCUAUCUUAUAAAGCAAAUCAAAGAGCUAAAGCCAAUGUCGGACCAAUAGUGACUGCUUGGCGCCAGCUGCCAGCCGCGGGCGGCGGCCAAGUGGAAUUUCUCCGAGACGAUGGCAGAUGGCGGCGCGAGAGUGAUGAGCCAAAGCAGAUGCCAGUGAAGUCUGCCGCAAGGUUGUGUGAUUGGUGCUAACCCUGCUUCCACUGCCACGCCGCUGCUGCCGCGAGGCUGGGCGCGUCACAGGCCGGGAAGCACCGUCAGGCGCGUCCGCAACGCCAAACCGGCCGACUAAUGGGGGAAUUAAUGUGUUCGCUCGGCGUGCACAGCAGCUAGAUACCUUGCCUGGCUCUCCGAUUAUCAGGUGGUGUAAGUGCCCACGGCAAUGAUCGCACGUGUAUGCUAAUUAAUAUGGUGAUCGUCGGUGGCUGGUGGCCGCUGGCCGUGCCUGUAGACCCGAGGGCGAUGCGGGCGGCGAGCGGCCGUGCUGACGCGGCGCUGGGCCCGGGCCGCCGCCCACUAACAGCGUGCGGGGGCGUCGGCGCGCGUCGCCUGUGCAUAUCCGAGGGCUGUGGGUCUGCCCGCCGUUUGUACUCGUGAUCGCAUGGCCAGUGGGCCGUCGCCGGGCUGGGGACCGGCCACGGUGGUGGGUCCCGAUAAUACAGCCCGCUUACGAGGG